UCUAAGCAUGCUAUUACAUAUUAUAAUUAUGAUAGCAAAAUACCAGAUGAUGUAUAACCCAACGCAUCUUUGAUCAGCGAAUUCCUUCGUAAUACAUGCGAUCAUGGCGACGCUUUCAUCCGCAUGCAAGCCAAAUACGAAGGAUUGUGGGGAUUUUCAGAGUCGGAGAUAGAUGUGGCUCGACAGCUGAUUAGACUUUGUAGCGACAACGAUAACAUUGACGAAAAAACUUUGGAUUGGAAUUGGAAAAAUAUGACAAAUGAUGGAAGAAUGGAGUAGGAGCCCUGACAACACAGCCCAUUUAUGGCCAUUAUGGGAAGUUUGGUAAAACCCAACUGAAUGCAGCCCAAAAAAGUACAGACCAAGCCCAUAUUUUUCCCGCCAAACUCAGAUGCCUUCCCGCCAUACGUAUACUUAUCAUCUCACUUUUGCCGCCAAACCCCUUCCAUUUCUCUCUCUCUCUCUCUCACACAGUUUCUGGCUGAGGAUUUACCAAUGGCAGAAUCAAAGGAAAUCUGGAAGAAGCGGAAGGGACCAUCCAUUCCGACAACCCGUUCCUUAAUGGGAAACUUCACUCGUAGCAAAUCCCAGACCCAUCUUCACCGCAACCAGUCAAGCCAAUCCCGACCCGACUCCAUCCGCGGCAGCAACCACCAAGAUCUGCAACCCUUUGUCAAAAAACCAAAAAAUAGCUCACCAGCUGAAGAUUCAUCGGUGAGUUACUGUUUAUCUUCCGUUUCCAUCAAAGAUCUUCGCUUAAGACGGGUCUUCUCUCCCUCUUCCACUGAUGGGGUGAUUCCUAAUUGUUUGGAUGAUACUGAGAAUCUAAGAAAGAGUGAGGUUGCUGGGAAUUGUUUGGUUGGAAAUGGGGGUUUUAAGAAGUUGGAUAUGUUGAAUGAGGAUUUUGUGCAGUCAACUCCACCCGAUGCUGAGAUCUUUGGAACCAAACAAGUGGUUGAAAGAAAUGGAACUGACUUUCCAGAUCAGUUCUUAGAGAAAAAGCCGAAUGAAAAGUUUCAGAAACAUGAUGCAUGCACGGAAAAAGGCUUUCAUGAGGAGAGAAACGGCUUGAAUUAUUCAAUCAAAUCAGUUCUUAAACCAUGUUCUCGUGUGAAGCUUUUCAAAACGCCAGGCUCAUUCAGCUACAGAAGAUUGCUUCCUUAUUUGAUGGAUAUCAAAAAUGAUUAUUCUCGUUCCCCAGUAAUGGGUCAUUAUCAAAAAACUGAGAAGGGUUUGGAAGAGAAGGAAUUGUUGGCUUCAAUUGGACAAGAAACAUUGGCAGAUAAAUCUAUGAAAACCGGCUGCAAACUGGAGGGCCAUAACAGUGAUUCUGGUAAGGAUUUGAACAUGGUAUCAUUUGAGUCCCUCACCUCACAGGAGAAUGAGUCUUCCUCAACGCCACUUGUUAAUGGAGAAAUUCAGAAACUUGAGCUGCAAGUUUCUUGUGAAGACCCGAACUUGAAUUGCUUGAAACAUUAUUCAUCGUCAACUAUAGAGGAUUCUCAUUUCAACAAGGAAAAUUUAGCUGCUGUGGUUUCUAGUGAAAAAAUGUUGACAGAUGACAGUGAGGUUGUAAAAACUAAUGUUCAAUCUCCUUGCAAUGCUAAUCUAAAAGUUUUGGAUCAGACUUUGUCUACGAUUAGCAAUAAGCGUGAAUGUUGUAAUUAUGAUGAAGUUCCACUAAAUUCUAAUGAUGACACAAAGCAGUCUGAGAUUCAAGGGAUGCCAAAAGCCAUCAUUUGUCAUUCUUUUGAAGUUCAGCAACUGAAUUCUGUGGGUCCUACUUUGUCUAAAAUGGGAGGAAACAGAAAUUGCAGCUUACAGCAGGGAGUUGACAAUGAUGGUGAAGUCGUGGAACAAGUUCAAGACUUGAAUGGAGAACAUAUGUCAAUGACACCACCAGAUUCUGAUAUGUUUUCUAAAUCUGAUACUGAUGAUAGCAGAGGCAAUAAAGUGGACUAUGUUUCACAAGGCAUAGAUCACAUUAUUCAAAAGUCAACAGAUGAAACCUUUUGCAGAAACAAUGGUCAAGGUAGUGAUAAAAGCCUAGACUCAAGUCCUAAGAACAAGCUGGUUCCAAACCCACGCUUGCAUCUGAAGUUAUCCAAAAUUCCUGGCUCAUUCAGCUAUAGAAGAUUACUUCCGUUUUUGAUAGACAUAACAAAUGAUUACUCCUGUGCUUCUGGAUAUGACCAGUCACCGAAAGUUGAGAAUAGUUCCAAAGAACAGCUGCUUUCACCGUGCUUUAAUUCUGGUAAAGACACAUGCAUGGAAACUUUCAAUGGCAAAAGUUGUCCUGUAGAGCAUUAUACUGGUGAUGGUGUUAUGCUGCCUGUGGCUGCAGCAACUGCUAUAAGAUGUUCAUCCAACCAUAAGCUGACACGAUCUCCUUCAAAACAAGUAGCUGAUUUCCCAACGGUAAUGGAUUCACAACAGGAACAGGGAUCACUUGUUAAACAUGCUGCAUUGGAUACAAAUCAGAAGUUAGAAACUAGCCCCGAAGAUGUUGUUGAGCCACCAGCCAAGUCGUCCAGCUCUCUCACCGAUACUGUAUUAUUGCCGAGUGAAGGUGCUAAAUCGGUGCCGUAUCAGUUACCUCUUGAAACGGAAGAGGACUGCAUAAAGUCUAUUGUGAAAUGCGCAAAAUUUGAAAAGCAAAUUAAAGCUGAUGGUUUUGUUGAAGCCUCUAUUCCUCCAGGAAUUCCUGCUGCCGGUCUCAAAAAGGGAAUCCUUAAAAGAAAUCCACGUGGAUGCAGAGGUAUUUGUGCUUGUCUGAACUGUUCAUCUUUUCGGCUUCAUGCAGAGAGGUCAUUUGAAUUCUCAAGAAAUCAGAUGCAAGAUGCUGAAGAAGUGGCUUUAGAUUUGAUUAAAGAGCUAUCGUACCUACGGACAAUGUUGGAAAAAUCUUUUGGUGAUAAAGAUCAGACUAGUAUUUUCAUCAAUCAGGUUAAAGAAGCAUGCAACAAAGCCUAUGAAGCUGAGGAACUAGCCAAAAUCCGUCUCAGCGAACUGAACUAUGAUCUAAAUAUUCACUGCAGAAUCCCAGUAAGUAUAGUUUGCACUUAGGACUCCAUACAAGAGCAUCUCUGAACCAUAUGUUAAACUCCCUCCUUCUCCCAUUCCCCCAAGAUUCCCUCAUGCCAAAUUGCUAUUGAUUCUCAAUUAUACCUAAAUCAUUUUAACUCAUGCUUGUCCCACAAUCUUACCUCAUCUUGUUCAUGUAGUGUGGGCAGCGACCAACUGUGAGAUUUGCCGAUCAUGUUGAAGAACAAGUCAUUCCAAUAGCCGACUCAUCAAACAAAUAGUUUCAAAGAGGAAAAUACCGCAAUGCGAGCUGCCUGCUGUUCUUUCUUUAUGAUUGUUGCUGUAGUUUUCUUUGAAGACAUCCACUUCCAUACCAUAUAGUUGCUGGUAUCAAUACUGGAAUCGUUGUCCACGUUAUAGAAAGUCAAGCGUCCUAUUUGAAUAAGAUUGAAAAAUCAGGCCAAGAAAAAUUGAUUCAAUUUCUGGAUCUUGAGAAAUGUAUCUUUUAGGAAAAACUUCUGCAUUCUUAAGUAUCAUUUGUAAGGAUUUGCCUUUGUUGUUUUUAAAGCUUGUAUAAUUAUGUAAAACUCCAUGUUAGCUAGAGAAUG